CCCGCAGACAUGUCAUCAAACAGAAUCCGGCCGGAGAUGUUGCUGCUGCUGGCGGCGACACUAAUCCCUCUGCUGCAGGCCGGGAUAGUUAGGGAUCCGGACCCGGACUCGGACUCGGAUCUGGACACUGCCACCACCACCACCCUGGACCUGGACCUGCACCUCGACCCAAGCCCCUAUACGGAGCAGCUGGAUUCGGAAUCAGAAUCAGAAUCGGAAUCGGAAUCGGAGAAGGAGUCCUCCGUUCAAGUGGAUGGCCGACGCAUCGACUGUAAAUUGACUUUCGAUGCGGCGACAAUGGACUCGUUAGGCUGCCACAAUGAGGGGGCGUUGACGGAGAGGGGGCGGCCACGGACUGGUAAUAAGCCGGAGGAGAAGCCGGUGGGAAAUCCGGAGUGGCAGCAGCGCCACUUGAAGUCCUCGUCCAGCCAGCCCGUCUAUGAAUUACAAUUGGUUGUUUGGCCCACUGACAUCGAGGAUGGUGAUGACUUUAGUCCACCGCUGGCCACCACCUCCACCACAACAACAACAACAACAACGGCCAGAAGCACCACAACAACAAAGAGCAGCACCACCACCCCAAAACCCACCCAAAUUGGGACACCUUCUGAGCAAAUAUGGCCAUUGUACGAGGAUCAAUUGGUCGUAUUUCCGCAAAUGGACUUUGAAGAGGAGAAUCUUGAUUAUUUCUUCGACGAACUGGCACCACCAACAUCGCCACCAUCCACAUCCAGCACUACGCGACCGGUCACCAUCAACCAUCCCACCGGCACGCCCACACCCACACCCACGCCCACACCCACGCCCAUUUAUGUUGUGCAAAACUAUCACGUCAUACACCCAAAUGGCACCGAGGAAUACAAAUUAGUGAUGAGCAAUGGACUGGUGAACUACAAGAAGCUGUACGCCAAGAAAGUGGGUGACCAGGUGAUCAUCGUGCAGGAGGGCUACAACUCAGUGCCCAUUCCCGGGCCCAAAAACCAAAUCCAGACGCAGUACUACAUUGCCGACGAGCGGGGCUACAAUGUCUAUAGAAUCGAGCUCCACUAUCACCAGCCAGGGUUGCCCAAACAUUUGCAUUACAAAGCCACAAAAGCGACCAAUAUGUGA